AUGUCUGGCGACGACCUUCAACCAUCCUUGGAGACCGUACACGAUGUCGUCUCAAGGUCAAUUGGCAAGCCGAACGCUCCAAAUCUAGUUCCUGUCUUCGCACAGAUCUCUUCCGACCUUAUUACACCCUCUGCAGCAUACCUCAAGAUCGCAGCACACUCAAAAUCUGACCUAUCCUUCCUAUUCGAGAGCGCAGCCUCAGAACAAGUCGGGCGCUACAGUUUCAUUGGGGCUGGGCCUCGAAAGGUCCUCAAAACUGGAGAGGGGCAUGGAGAACAAGUAGACCCAUUGCCUGCUCUCGAGGCGGAGCUCUCGAAGAGUCGAGUCGCACACAUCCCCGGAUUGGCGCUACCACCAUUGACGGGUGGUGCUGUGGGCUACGUAGGCUAUGACUGUGUUCGGUAUUUUGAGCCCAAAACCGCGAGGCCGAUGAAGGAUGUACUGAAGGUCCCCGAGUCACUCUUCAUGCUCUUCGAUACGAUUGUUGCGUUUGAUAGGUUUUUCGGCGUUAUCAAAGUCAUCACCUACCUCCACGUCCCUGAUGAUAUAUCAGGAUUAGUGGCAGCUUACGAGAAGGCACGAGACACAAUCAAUGAGAUUGUUGAUGUUCUCCUCUCCCCUGAGACACCGCUCCCGGUUCAACCGCCUAUAAAGCUUAACCAGGAGUACACCUCUAAUAUUGGCCGGUCUGGCUACGAGAACCAUGUUACUACCUUGAAAGAGCACAUUACUGCUGGUGACAUAAUCCAAGCUGUUCCGUCUCAACGCUUCGCGCGGCCAACCUCUCUUCAUCCAUUUAAUAUAUACCGCCACCUCCGAACAGUUAACCCGUCCCCAUAUCUCUUCUAUGUCAGCUGUGAAGACUUUCAAAUCGUUGGUGCAUCCCCUGAGCUGCUCGUGAAAAAUGAAGAAGGCCGGAUCCUCACUCACCCCAUAGCUGGGACUGUCAAAAGGGGCAAGACCCCGGAAGAAGACGAGAAGCUCGCCGAUGAGCUCCGGAAUUCGCUCAAAGAUCGAGCCGAACAUGUUAUGCUUGUUGACUUGGCAAGGAACGACGUGAACCGUGUCUGUGAUCCUCUGACUACAAGAGUCGAUCGAUUGAUGGUUGUUCAGAAGUUCAGUCACGUGCAGCAUCUGGUCUCACAGGUUUCUGGUGUUUUGAGGAAGGGCAAGACAAGGUUUGAUGCCUUCCGAUCAAUAUUUCCCGCUGGAACUGUCUCUGGAGCGCCUAAAGUUAAGGCGAUGGAGCUGAUUGCGGAACUGGAGAAGGAAAAACGGGGUGUCUAUGCUGGAGCUGUUGGAUACUUUGGAUACGGCAGUGUCGACAGCGAGGGAAAUGAUAUAGAGGGCAGGAUGGAUACUUGUAUCGCACUGAGAACUAUGGUGGUCAAAGAUGGCGUUGCUUAUCUGCAAGCUGGAGGUGGAAUUGUUUUUGACUCCGAUCCCUAUGAGGAAUGGGUAGAGACGAUGAAUAAACUCGGCUCGAAUACCCACACAAUAACCUCCGCAGAAGAGAAGUAUAUACGUCUACAAUCGAGAGUCAAUUCCAGUGGAUCGGCGAAGGCUGUUGUGCGGGAAGGCUUGAACUCGGAUUCUUCAGGGGGGAAGGCACAUAUUGAUUUAGCUGCUGGAUAG